AUGUCUAAUUCUAAACCAAAAGAAAUAAUAGAAAGGUGGGUUAAAAGUAUCUUAGAAAAAGGUGUACCUACAUUAAGAAAAGAAUUUAAUGAAAAUAAAAGAUAUUUUCCAAAAGAUAUUACUCUUAAUGCAUUUAAGGAAGCUCAUCCAUUGAAAAAAAAUAGAUAUAAAGAUGUUCCAAUGCAAGAUAAAAAUAGGGUUGUAUUAAAUUUUCCUGGUGGAAAUGGUGAUUAUAUACAUGCUAAUUAUGUUAAUACUCCAAAUGGAGAGAAACGUUUUAUUUGUACUCAAGGACCAUUGGAGAAUACUGUAGUAGAUUUUUAUAGAAUGAUAAUGCAAGAAGAAAUUGAAUGUGUUAUUAUGUUAUGUAAUUUAGUUGAAAAGGGGCAAACAAAAUGUUUUUUGUACUGGCCUGAAAAAAAAGAUGAAGUUAAAAAAUUUGAAGAAUUUGAAGUUACAUGUAUUGAUAAAGGUGAACUUGAAAAAGCUUAUCCAAAUAUAAUUAAAACAACAUUAAAAAUCAAAUCAAAUUAUGAAGGAAAGAAAUUUGAACAAACUCUCAAACACAUUUAUUGGACUGACUGGCCAGAUCGUGGUGUUCCAAGCAACACUGAUAGUGCAACAACUCUUCUUAACUAUGUUCGUGGAACUACAAAACCUAUAUUAGUUCAUUGUUCAGCAGGAAUUGGAAGAACAGGAUCUAUUGUUGCAAUUGAAUAUAUACUUGAAAAAUUUGUCAAUGGUGAAAAUCCAGAACCACCAAUAGAAAUUGUUAAGAUUAUAAGAGAUCAACGUCCUUAUAGUGUUCAAACAGAAUUACAAUUUCUUUUUGUUCAAAAAGUUAUUCUUGAUUUGAUUGUUGGAAACAACAAGAAAAGAAUGGAUCCAAAAAUGUUAGCUUUACUAGAAAAGUUUGACAAAGAUUAUGAAGAAGCAUGUAACCAAGCUUUAUAA